GCACACACUGUUGCGCCACUUCACGUAAUCUAAAGUUCAAGGUACCACAGACAGAUCUGCUGCACUGGGCUCUCUACCAUUCAGCUCUACAGGUGGUGACUGGUCUGUUUGACAGGAGACCUUUUAAAUUCAAAGGAUAAGAUACACAUCCUCUCAUUAUCUCAGCCACAAAGAUCAGAGACCAUGGGAGAGUGGGGUUUUCUGUCUUCUCUGCUGGACAAGGUCCAGUCCCACUCCACCGUCAUCGGGAAAGUCUGGCUCAGUGUGCUUUUUAUCUUCAGGAUCAUGAUCCUCGGAGCUGGAGCAGAGAAGGUUUGGGGUGAUGAACAGUCCAACAUGGUUUGUAAUACCAAACAGCCUGGUUGUAAGAAUGUUUGCUAUGACCAAGCCUUCCCAAUCUCGCACAUUCGAUUCUGGGUCCUCCAAAUUAUCUUCGUCUCAACACCAACGCUGAUCUACCUCGGUCAUGUCCUCCAUGUCAUUCACCAAGAGAAUAAGCUGAGAGAAUAUCUGAAGACCCACUCUUGGAGCGAAACGAACAAAGCUCCCAAGUACUCCGACGAAAAAGGCCACGUCGAGAUUAAAGGCAACCUGCUGGGAACCUACAUGGUCUCCAUAUUUUUCAGAAUCAUUCUAGAGGUAGCGUUCAUUGUGGGGCAGUAUUAUCUUUAUGGGUUUGUCAUGGACCCAAGAAUUGUCUGCACCCGAGUUCCAUGUCCCUUCACUGUAGAGUGCUUCAUGUCUCGGCCCACUGAGAAGACCAUCUUCAUCAUCUUCAUGCUUGUAGUGUCCUGUAUCUCCCUUCUAUUCAACGUAGCAGAGAUCUUCUACCUGGCAUGUUCUCGCUCAGCCAGACGAAGGUCUAAAACUGUUCCAGCUGCUGCUAUUUCCAUUCACCCACGUUUCAACAGUGACAGUCUGAUGAAAAAUGAGAAGCUUAGCCUCCAUGAUGCCAGUCACAGCACAGCCUGAGAAACACCCUUCAGAUCCAGUGUGUAAGAUUAGAUUUAAACAGUCGAAUAGUAACCAAGCAAACAGGAGGGUAAAUUU